CUCAAUUUGUAGCCCGCGGCAACGGAAUGGAUUUGUCGAUAAAUCUAUACGCGAAGUUAAAAAAAGUGAAACAUAAGCAAAUUUUGUGGAAGAUCAGCAUAAAAUUGAUACGGUUUUUAUUAGAUAAACAACAUGGGUAAUACAGAAAGUAAUGUUGCAAGUGCUGUUAAAAAACAGGCGGGAACUUCUGAGCAGAAACUUUACAAACUUCUGGAUUUAAAAGGUCAAGGUCUCCUGGUAGACAUGAUGAAGCGAGCUGUUCAGAGCAAGCAGUACGCCGAGAUAGACCACGCUAUCAAGACGAAGGUAGAGCCGUUCCUGUACAAUAAAGGCAACGGUAGAUACAUACCGAUAUCACACAUGGUAUUACUGAGGAACAAAGAAAGGCCAAGGCAUAAAUUGCUGCCGCCAUUACGGAAUAUGGAGAAUCCAGAUGAAGAGUUUGACGUGGACAAAGAUUGGCCUGAAGUAACACAAGCAGAGUACGAUGCCAACCCAUCCGCUUACCGUGAGCUGUGUUGGAAUCUCAAGGAACUUGGCGCAGUAGGAGAGACGAUUCUGCAUCUUUGCCUCCUGAACGUCACGUCCCUGAUGACUGAUCUCGCCAAGCGACUUCUACGGUUCUACCCCAAACUCAUCAAUGACAUCUAUGCCAGCGAUGAAUAUUAUGGAGAGAAUGUUCUCCACAUGGCCAUAGUAAACGAGGACCCUACAAUGGUGAAGUUUCUGCUGGAAGCUGGCGCGAACUACCACGAACGAUGCGUUGGCUCCUUCAUGAGUCCCGAAGACCAGAAGGCAUCCAGGCAAGACUCGCAAGACCACGAGUGGGUCAAUGUUACGCCGAUUACUAAUUACGAAGGAUACGUAUACUGGGGUGAAUACCCUCUCAGCUUUGCAGCCUGCCUGGGCCAGGAGGAGUGUUACAGGCUGGUCCUAGCUCGAGGAGCUGACCCUGACAAGCAGGACACCAAUGGCAACACCGUCAUGCAUAUGUUGGUCAUUUACUCCAAAAUGAGCACAUUCGACAUGGCAUACGAGGUGGGAGCAUCGUUGAACCUGCGGAACGUACAAAAUUUAACGCCUCUUACUUUGGCUGCUAAGCUGGCUCGUACGGAGUUGUUCUUCCAUAUCCUCAAUAUUGAAAGAGAGAUUUAUUGGCAAAUAGGUGCUACUACUUGUGCCGCAUACCCUUUGGGACAGGUGGAUACGAUUGAUACGGAGACGGGACUAAUAAGCAAGGAUUCAGCGCUUAAUCUCGUUGUUUUCGGGGAAAAAGAUGAGCAUUUAGAACUGUUAGAAGGCAUGUUGAUCGACCUUCUGAAAACCAAGUGGAACACGUUCGUCAAGUUUCGUUUCUACAGGCAGUUCAUUCUCUUCUCAUGUUACUUCCUGGUUUCGUUGGUCUGCUUCACCUUAAGACCUGGUCCACCAGACAGGGCUCUUAAUGGCACUGCUGUGAAUACAACAUCUCUACCAAAUGUUAAUGAUACAGAAUUGGUUUCUGAUGUCGAAAACUGUACUAUAGCAAUAAAUUCGAUGGAGUUUGAUCCUGGAGCCGUCGAGAUGAUAAACGCCACAAAAACUGAUGGACCGCAAUGUGCGAGAUUCAAGAGCCAUUCGAAAGAUAAAGACAAACCUCGCAAGGAAACUAACAUGGAAGGGUGGUGGGAAGGUCUAACUGAAGAAUGCAGGCUAAUGAACUUUGACAAUUUGCAAGCUAAAGUGAGAAUAACGACGGAGCUGGUAUUGUGGGUUGGGGCACUCUCUUACAUCGGAGCUGCUUUACGGGAAGCAAGAUUCCUUGGGCUGAAGAUGUUCUUUGAAAAUCUGAGCACAGUGCCUUCGAGAGUAAUGUUCCUAUUCUCCUGUUUAUUGAUGGUGUUUCUACCGACCCUGCGAUUCUGGUGUGCUGAUGAGGCUGAAGACCACCUCGCAGUCAUCAUCAUGUUAACCACAGCUCCAUACUUCUUAUUCUUUUGUCGUGGCUUCAAAACAGUAGGACCCUUCGUGGUAAUGAUCUACAGAAUGGUGAUGGGUGAUUUGCUACGAUUUGUAUGCAUCUACCUGGUCUUCGUCAUGGGGUUCUCUCAAGCUUACUACGUAAUAUUCCUAUCAUUCGACAACCCUAACACUCCAGACGGGGUGGACGACUCAGUUUCGAACCCCAUGCCCUCACCAAUGGAAAGUAUCAUGGCGAUGUUCCUCAUGUCACUGACCUCCUUCUCCGAUUACUACGGGGCGUUCGAUCGCACUGACCACGAAAUCGAGGCAAAGCUCCUGUUCGUAAUCUACAUGAUAAUAGUAGCAGUCCUUUUAGUAAACAUGUUGAUCGCUAUGAUGGGGAACACGUAUCAGAAGAUAGCGGAGACGAGGAAUGAAUGGCAGCGGCAGUGGGCAAGGAUAGUGCUGGUGGUGGAACGCGGGGUGCCGCCGGCGCAGAGGUUGAAACAAUUAAUGACGUAUAGCCAACCAAUGGCCAGUGGCAAAAGAGCAUUAGUUCUUAGGAUAAAUCAGAAGAGUGAAGACAAAGAAGAAAUGAAAGAAAUUCUGGAGAUGAAACGAACACACGAUCGAAUUGUCGCUAAGAGGAUGAUUAAAAAUAAUCAGAUGAAGGAAGAUCAAGUUCUUCCACCUAUCGCUAUCAAGAAAUAAGUCAUCAUCGUCAUGGUGUUCAUUUCAGAGCCAGUUUAUGGCAGCUGGUCUCAGUUCGUGCUUUCUAUCAUACCACCAGAAAAACAGCGAAGUGAUUACCAUCAGUAAAAU